AUGGGUCUCGCCCAUUACAUUAUUGGGCGGUGUCAAAUGAGCGCAAGUAUAGUAUAUGUGAUCUUCAAGAUCAAGUACUGCAAAGGAAGAGAACACGGAGGUGGACUCAAAUCCGGCGAAAACCGACGGAACAACCAGUCACACUGGCAAGAUGAGGGCUACUUGGCGUGGAAGUAG